AUGGGUUCCACCACAGAUAGUUCUGUCAGUUAUUACCUAUACCAGCCCAGCCAUGUACUACCAGCUGUCUUUGCAGCGGUAGUGGGCAUAUCAAUGCUGUUGCAUGUAUUCCAGAAUUUGUUCUGGCGCGUCACUUUCUUCGUUACAUGGGGAGGAAUUCUCUUCACAACCGGUUGGAUCCUGCGCUGCAUAUCCAGCUACCAUCCUGGCAACAUGAACCUUUACAUCGCACAAUCCGUCUUCAUCUACCUCGCACCACCAGUUUACUCCGCCGCCGCAUACAAUCUCGUCGGCCGACUGAUGAACUACGUCCCCAUGCACGCCGUUCUCAACCCAAACCGCGUCCUGAUCUUCUUCGUCUACGUCGGUGCCGCAGUCGAAAGCAUCACAGUCGCAGGUGCAGCAAAGAACGCCGCAGCUGGCUCAGAUCUAAGCCAAUAUAAAUCCGGUGGCAUACUUAUUGCCGCUGGUCUUAUCCUUCAGGCAGUGGUGGAAUGCCUCGUCGUCGCAAUCGUCGUGACGUUCCACGUCCGUGCCGCCCGAGCAGGCCCCGUCCCUCGAAACGUGAAAACAGUUUGCUUCACUCUAUAUGGGACAUCGACCUUUGUUCUGCUCCGUUGUAUUUUCCGUGCCGUUGAAGCGUUCGAAAUGUUUCAGAAUAUCGGCUGCAGUGAGAACUGUGGACCUAUCCUCAGUAAUGAGUGGUAUCUUUAUGCCUUCGAGCUGGGACCAAUGUUGAUCUUCACCUAUUGGCUUAAUCUCUUGCAUCCUGGUCGCUAUUUGCCAAGGGAGAAAUGCAGAUAUCUCGAUAUGGAUAAGUCUACUGAGCGUCACGGGCCUGGUUGGAUUGAUAACCGGUCGUCGUGGGCGACUAUCGUUGACCCGCUUGAUCUGGAGGGUAUGAGGAAAGGCCAGCCUUCGCAUGAUACGUAUUGGUUGAGACCAGAGGAGUUCCCGGUUUGUCAGGAUGGUAGCUUUGCAGAUGGGACUGCUUCGAAUAAGAAAUCUGGCUCCCGGAGUAGAAGGUACAGAGGGGUGAAUUCUAAGGGAGCUGAGGUCUAG